UCGGGCGGAGGUGCCGCCGGGGUCGCAGUAUUUAGGAACUUCAUUCGCAAGUGUUAGUCCUUGAAAAAAAACAAUUGCCCACAGUUAAUAAUGUGCCUUUGGUGGUACAUCAUCUUCACAAGGAUUACGAAUCAUCCAGGCUGCCUGUGCUACUAGAUGAGCGGAAAACUCUGAGGUGAACAAAGUGCCCACAAGGGGUUGCCCUGGAUUCUUGUGCUUUGUAGCAUUUCCCAACUUUUCACAUCUUCUCUGCAUUUAAGUUGGGAAAAUGAAGCAGUUGAAAAGGAAAAGGAAAAGCAAUUUUAGUGUUCAAGAAACUCAGACCCUUUUGAAAGAAAUUACAAAACGGAAAGAAGUCAUUUUUUCCAAGCAGCUCAACACCACGAUCAACGUGAUGAAGCGGAUGGCCUGGGAGGAGAUCGCGCAGUGCGUGAACGCCGUCGGGGAGGGCGAGCAGAGGACCGGCGCGGAGGUGAAGCGGCGGUACCUGGACUGGCGGGCGCUCAUGAAGCGCAAGAGGUUGAAGGCGAACAUGAAGCUGGCUGGCUCCGGGUUUCCGCUUCCCACGUCCGACCUGGACGACUCUCUCACCGAAGACAUCGAUGAAAAGAUUGGAUUCCGCAACGAUACUAACUUCGACUGGCAGAACGUGGCGGAUUUCCGGGACGCAGGUGGAUCCUUAACUGAGGUCAAAGUGGAAGAGGAAGAGAGAGAUCCGCAGAGCCCCGAAUUUGAGAUUGAGGAGGAAGAAGAAAUGUUGUCCUCCGUCAUACCGGAUUCCAGGAGGGAAAACGAACUUCCUGACUUCCCCCACAUCGAUGAGUUUUUUACUCUGAACUCAACACCGUCGAGGUCGGCCUACGAUGAGCCCCAUUUGCUGGUGAACAUAGAGAAACAGAAGCUGGAGCUGGAGAAACGGCGCCUGGACAUCGAGGCCGAGCGGCUGCAGGUGGAGAAGGAGCGGCUGCAGGUGGAGAAGGAGCGGCUGCGGCACCUGGAUCUGGAGCAUGAACGGCUGCAGCUGGAGAAGGAGCGGCUGCAGAUCGAACGCGAGAAGCUCAGGCUCCAGAUCGCCAGCUCCGAGAAGCCGUCUCUGGAAAACGAACUGGGCCAAGGAGAAAAGGCCAUGCUUCAGCCACAGGACAUAGAAGCAGAGAAGUUAAAACUUGAGAGAGAACGCUUACAACUGGAAAAAGAUAGGCUGCAGUUUUUGAAAUUUGAGUCGGAGAAGCUGCAGAUUGAAAAGGAACGCUUGCAAGUAGAGAAGGAGAGACUUCGAAUUCAGAAGGAGGGACACUUGCAGUGAUGGAGCUCAGUCCCUGUUGAGCCAAUGUGUGGAAACCAUAGAUUUUUCUCUGUAUCCAGCACUAUAAAAAUGGUUGCAAGAUUAGCUCUGG